AUGUUCUUUUCGAAUGUUACCAUCAUCUUCAAUAAGUGGCUAUUAGACACUGCUGGGUUCAAAUACCCCAUCAUCCUCACCUGCUGGCAUCUCAUCUACGCCACCAUCGCAACUCAGAUCCUCGCUCGCACGACGACACUUCUCGACUCCCGCCGCAAUUUCCCCGUUACCGGCCGCCUCUACCUCCGCACCAUUCUCCCCAUUGGCCUGCUAUACUCCGGCUCUCUUAUCUGCUCCAAUGUCGUGUAUCUCUAUCUCUCUGUCUCCUUUAUUCAGAUGCUCAAGGCCGCUUCGCCAGUUGCUGUGUUAUUCGCUUCCUGGUCUUGGGGUGUUGCUGAACCAAACUUGGCCAAAUUCCUCAACGUCCUAGUUAUUGUUUUUGGUGUUGCUGUCUCGAGCUUUGGAGAAAUUCAAUUUUCUUGGACAGGAUUCUUUUUCCAGAUUGGAGGAACCACCUUUGAAGCUGUUCGCGUUGUUAUGAUCCAGGUCAUGCUUAGUGGCGAAGGACUCAACAUGGACCCUCUUGUCAGCCUCUAUUACUAUGCGCCUGUCUGCGCCGUCAUGAAUUUUCUCAUCGCACUUGUUGGCGAAGUGCCAAAGUUCAAAUUGGAGCACGCUGCCCAGGCUGGCUAUGGAAUGCUCUUCCUCAAUGCCUCCAUUGCGUUCAUCUUGAACGUCGCCAGCGUAUUCUUGAUCGGCAAAACCUCAGGUCUAGUCAUGACUCUUACCGGUAUCUUCAAAAGCAUCCUGCUUGUCGUUGUCUCUAUCCUGAUCUGGUCAACCCCGAUUACGUUCCUCCAAGCUGUGGGCUAUGCCAUAGCUCUUGCAGGACUCACUUACUAUUCCCUUGGAUACGACCAGCUUGCCAGCAUCGGCGCAUCAGUAGUUGGCUGGACAAGUGAAUUCUUUUCAACGAGUGGAGGACGCGGCCAUGCGAUGCGGUCAAAACGGAUAAUAGUGGUUGGCCUAUCUUCGCUAGUAGCUAUGAUUGUGGUACUUGAGUUGACUCUGAGUGAACGGGGGAGAAGGCUACUGGGAGGAUCUUCGUGGCAUGGGGGUCGUCGUUUCAGCCCGAAUCAUGGGCAUCACGCGAACAACGGCAGCCACUAA